AUGGAUCAAACCUAUAACCGACUCAAAUUCGGCCAUGAUGGUGUAUAUAUUACAGUUCUGAAGUCAAAGAAAGCUCCAAGAGUACCUUCAACAGCUCAAUUCCUUUCCUUCUUCUUUUGCUUUGGUUACAUGAGUACCAUGGAGUGUGGUCCAGUAGCAGUAACAGAAGGAUUUUCUUUUAGGUAUGAUACGUGCAUACGAUGGAUCAAACUGAAGACUCUUGGCAGGGGUUCAUAUGGAGUCGUGCAUUUGGUGAAGAUAAUAGAAACUGUUCCUCGCGUAUUUGCUGUUAAACGUUCUCCUCCUCCAUGCUCCUCACUCUGGAAGGAAUAUCGUAUCCUUCAACAGUUUCGUGGUUGCCCUAAUAUUGUUCAAUGCUUUGAUAUGCUGACCAUUAUUGAAUCUGAGGUGCCGAAAUACAACUUGUUUCUUGAUUAUGCCCCUGGUGGGGAUCUUCUGAAUUUGAUCAAGAAAUAUGGCGGUAAAAUUCUUGUUUAUCCCUCUGAUCAACCCGAUUCGCUUAGUACCCUGAAGAUUGCUGAUUUUGGCUUAGCCAAGGAACCUGAAGAAACAGAUGGGCCAAGGACAAGUCCUUACGAGCCUACUUUUCGAGGUACUGCGCUUUACAUGUCACCAGAAUCUGUCAAGGAUGGGAAUAUCACUGCUGUUUUGGACAUAUGGUCGCUAGGAUGCGUUGUUGUUGAGAUGAUGACUGGAAAUCCACCUUUGGGAUCUGUCACAACUUAUGAAAAGUUGGCGAUGAAGAUUGCAUCGACAGAUUAUAUACCAGAUAUACCCCAAGACAUGUCAAACUUAGGGAAAGAUUUCUUGAUGAAGUGCUUUGCUAAGGAUCCUCGGAAUCGUUGGACUGCUGCUAUGCUGAGAAGUCAUCCUUUUACCUAUCUUGACAGUACAUAUUUUACAACGAAAACAAGCUUUCUUCAAGUUCCUUCAGGAGAAGCUUCAAAUCCUUGGGGAAUACAACCUGUUAUCUAG